UUCCAUUGCUUCGCUUCUUCUGAAUUCAGUCACUCACUCUCUCACUCAUUCCUUAGUCUCUGAACAUGAGCAGAGGCAGCAGGGUGGGAACAAAGGACAUCAGCCACCGCCGGUUAUGAAUCCCAGCACGGACCCACCACCAAACCCGCCGCCGCAGCCCCACCGACUCUCUACCUCCUGCGACCGUCACCCUGAGGAGAAUUUCACCGGCUUCUGCCCCUCAUGCCUCUGCGAACGACUCGCCGUUUUGCACCCUUCCACCACCACCAACAGCUCUGCUUCUUCUUCCCGCAAACCCCCUACUUCCUCCACCGCCGCCGCUGCCCUUAAGGCCAUCUUCAAGCCCCCCAUUGGCGGUGGCGGGGCCUCCAAAGGCCGACCCACCACCUCUUUUCUCCCUGAGCUCCGCCGCACCAAGUCCUUCUCCGCCUCCAACAACCAAGGCUUCUCCGGCGUCUUCGAGCCCCAGAGGAAGUCCUGCGACGUCCGCGGCCGGAGCACUCUCUGGUGUCUCUUCAAUCAGGACGACGGCCGGAACCCAAAUAACAAAGACAAACCGACCUGGGGAGCUGCCGGGCCGGAAAUUGAAGUCGACCCCAGAAACGUGGCCGGGCCUUCUUCCAGCUUUCGAGGUCCGGUGGUCUUCGAGUCCAAAGAGGAAGAAGAACAAGACGAAGACGAAGACGAAGACGAAGAGGAAGAACAGAGCAAGAACGACGGUGGUGGGAGAAUUUCCGACGAGCCGAAUGCCGGCAAUGUGAUCGAAAUUCGAGUGCCGGAGAUUGUAGAGGAGGAAGAAGAAGACGAGAUACAGCAGCAGCAACUCAACCAGCGUCAACAAUCAGAGCCAGUUCAAUUUGAAGAAGACGAGAUAAAGCCCAUGAAGGACCACUUAGAUCUCGACGGCCAGACGAAGAAAAAGAUCGCCGGAAGCUUCUGGUCGGCGGCGUCGGUGUUCAGCAAGAAACUGCAGAAGUGGCGGCAGAAGCAGAAGCUCAAGAAACGGCGCAACGGCGGCGGAUCGGCCACAUUGCCGGUGGAGAAGCCCAUUGGGCGACAGUUCAGAGAAACCCAGUCGGAGAUCGCCGAUUACGGCUUCGGUCGGCGCUCAUGCGACACCGAUCCCCGGUUUUCGCUCGACGCGGGUCGGAUGUCACUUGACGCGGGUCGGAUGUCUUUCGACGACCCGAGAUACUCGUUCGACGAGCCUCGGGCCUCGUGGGACGGGUACUUGAUCGGAAGGAGUUUCCAGAGAAUGCCGACGAUGCUUUCGGUGGUGGAGGACGCUCCGGUGGUUGUUUCGAGAAUCGAUGCUCAUAUUCCGGUGGAGGAGCCGAUGAAUUCUAUCAACGAAGAGGACCCUGUUCCCGGCGGGUCGGUCCAGACCCAGAACUACUAUACGGACUCGUCUUCCCGGCGGAGGAAGAGCCUGGACAGGUCCAACUCUAUUAGGAAGACGGCGGCGGCAGUGGUGGCGGAGAUUGACGAAAUGAAGUCGGGGUCUAACUCCAAAGUGUCGCCCACUACUACUAAUACCGCUGCUGCUGAGUACUUGCAUGGUGGGCCGAAGCUGGUGAUUCCUGAUAGAGAUUCUAACUCGAACUCUCUCCGUGAUGACUGCUCGGAGACAUUUGAGAUGGCGUUUCGCGGCGGCGAUCCUGUGAUACGUGGCGGUGAUUCGGUGUAUCGCAGUGGGGAUUCGGCUUCGGUGGUGGGGAAUGGGGAGAGGAAAGAUUGUAAGCAGAAGUCUAGAAGGUGGAGCAAGGCCUGGAACAUUUGGAGUUUUAUUCAUAGGAGGAGUGGGAACAAGGAGGAUGAUGAAGAUAGGUAUAGUAGCAGGCCUAAUGGGGUAGAGAGGUCGUUUUCGGAGUCUUGGCCGGAGCUGAGAGGCAGCGGGGAGCGGAAUGGGGAAGCAAAGGGUUUCAAUCCGAAGAUUACGAGGAGCAACAGCAGUGCUAGUUGGAGAAACUCGCAUAGCUUUGGAGGUGGGGUUUUUGGGAGCAUGAGGAAGAAUGGUGCUGUUGUUGAGCCACAUGUGAAUGGAAAUGGCAAUGCAAAUGGGAAUGUGAAUUUGAAUGGGAGUGGAAGGAAGAAGAAGGAAGAGGUUGUGCUGGAAAGGAAUCGUAGCGCAAGGUAUUCGCCUAAUCACAUUGACAAUGGACUCUUGAGGUUCUACUUAACGCCGAUGAGGAACAGCUGGAGGAAUGGAGGACCUGGGAAGAGCAGGUCGAAUCAUGCACAUUCCAUCGCCAGAAGUGUACUUCGAUUGUACUGAAAACAAAAUUGGGGGUUUGGGUUCAUAAGGGGUGUUUUGUUCUUUGGUUUAGUUUACUCUUGGUUAAUUUCGCAGCAUUUUGUUGUGUAAAAACAACACAAGCCUAAAUGCUUCUUGUUGGUUGGUUGGGGAUAAGAAGAAAAAUAGAGAAAUCACUUUGAAAUGUUUCUUUUGCCAAUGAGUAUCAUGCUUAUGCUUCUGUUGCUCAAAUAACAAGAAUUUCAGUGUUUUCCUGGGUU